AUGCAGUGUCGUAAAGUCGAACCGAAUGUGAUAAUGAAUUCAGCAAGAUUAGCACAACGUCCUGUUGAGGCAAAUAAGAUGGAGGAAGAGAUAAUUCACGUAAUGAAGAGUCCAGACAAAAAGAGUCCCAAGAAUAGCAAAUCACUAAAAAGUGCAUCUUCUGGCCCAAUCAUAAAUUUGCAACAAUAGAUUAUAAUUCAUCAAAGUGCUCCUACCAAGGACUCUUAAGUUUUAUUGAAAUUCCAAAAUUAAAUGAAGAAGAAGAAAAAGAAGAAGAAGACUUAAAAGAAACAGAAAGCAGAAACAAUAGAAAAGUAAGGAUCAGAAGUGAGGAUAGAUUAAAUACUAAAAUCAAACUUAAAAAAAUAUUAAAAGGAAAAAUAAGAAUAAAUGCUGAAAGAAGAAAUGCAAAAGUAGAGAGUAGUUAGUUUGAAUGAAAUGAGAAAGAUGAUGGAUUAACAAAUAAGAUAAUUGAAUUAGCAAAGAUUUGUCAGAUCAAGAUCUCCACCUUCAUCUAUGUUGCCUUGGGGUGUUAAUUAAAAUAAACUAAAGCAAUAUUGGACUAAGAUGUUGGAAAUCCAUGAUAAAUUAGAAAACCCUAAUGAAAUGAAUUAAAAUGCUACAGAAUAAGCAAUAAAAGAAAAAAUGAGGAGGCACAAAUUAGGAUUAGACUUUCUAAAUUCUAAACCUGAAAAAUAAAUCUAAAAAAUGAUCUAAAAAUAAAAAUCAAAAUAAGUCUUGGAAAAUGUUUAAUCUCCAAAAAAUCAGAAGAGCAAUUGCGAGAAUAAAGAAGCUGAAUAAGAUCUUAAACUUUAUAUCCUGUAUAAGAGAGAAUUAUGGAGACAUUAAAAAAUUGAAGAGAAGAAAUAAUAAAAAUUGAAAAAAGAAAAGUUGGAAUAAAAUUUGUAAAUACUAGAGAAAGAAGCUAAACUAUUUGCUAAAUCGAGGAACGCUUCCAUGAAAUCCAGUUUAGCAGUAUAAGUAGCUCCUAGUAAUGGGCAGUAAUCAUCUCAACACUUUAGAACUUCUGAGCCCCCUAAUUUUAACAAAUUGGAAAAGGAAUAUAAAGAACUUAUGAGAUCUCUCAGACAAUCCAGCUAUAGUAGUGCAUAAUCUCACACAAGAAAAACAAGUUAAAUCAAAUUUAUAGAUUGGUUUUAGAAAUUGCCUGAAUCUUAUCUCUAAGAAUAACUCUCUUAAAUGUAAUCCAUCAAUGAACAAAUGAAUAAUAAGGGGUUUCAAUACAAAUUAAGUGAAUAAGAAAUGUAUCAAUUUUUAGAGCAAUUUCUGAAAGAAAAGUUUGAAUAACAGACUAAGUCAACUAUUAAAGACAGAUUUAACGAAUUAUAAGAAAGAUUCUAAUAAGCAUCUUAACAGCAAUCCUCUAAUAGCUAAUUAUAAUGUCUACAGUAAAAUGUAAAUCCUUAGAGUCAUUAGAGUAACAAAAGUUAAAAUCAAAAAGAAUAAGCAUCUAAGUCUCCAAAAGAACCAAUAUAAAAUGAAAUAAGUGAAGAAUAAUUAGAACACGUAUAUAAUGUGGCUGCUACUAUCAUAUAAAAGAUUUGGAGAGGCUAUAAGACAAGAUAGGUUGUUUUUGAAUAUCUUGAAUAUCUAAUUUCAUAGGAAGAAUUAGAGGAAUAAGAAAAAGAGGAACAAAAAUUGUAGUAGCAGUUUGAGGGAUUGUCUUAAGAGGAAGAAAUCAAAUCUGUAAGUUAAAUGUAUGAUUCUGAAAUUAAGAUAAACCCUCUUGAAUUACAAUAAUAGGAUUCUCCAAAUCCUUAAUAUUAAGAUAAACCUAUACUACCCUUAGAGUCGUUAUAAUAAUCAAGUUCAAGAGAUACUAAAAGUAUUCCUAAUCAAACUAUUGAUUAAUUCUUAGAAGAAUAAUCAUCCCCUUAAAAAUCAAUUCAAUAAUAAUAAAAAUCAGAAUAAUCAUAAUUAUAAAUUUAAGAGUAAGAAAAUAACCCAAAUUCAUAAUAAGCAUCUGAAAAAAACAUUCAUUUAUAUCAUGGAUUGAAUUCUGAUCCAGAAUACUUUAUGCAAGUUAUUAAAUUAAGAGAAGAAGCUUUGUAAUUGAAAUAUGACUAAUAAUUAGCAUUGUUAGAAAAGAUGUUAGAUAAAAAGAAAGUCUCAACUGAUUUGUUCUCAGAAAAUAAAGAUAAAUUGGAUAAAAGAUAUAAAAGGGAGAGGGAUAAGUUAUAAUAAUCCAAAAAUGAGGUCGAAAGAUUGCAUCAAAUGUUUAAAGACACAAUAAAAUCAACACAAAAAGACCAAUAAUUUAUGGAAAGAAUGAAAGUCUAGACUGAUGAAGAUAAUCUAUCCAUUUGGUAAAUUUUCUCUAUUCGUUCAGAAACAGAGUAAUCUGAUGUAGAAAUAGAAAAAAAAUAAACUCCACAUUAUGGUUUAUUAUAAUAAAUUAAGAAUGAUUAGUUUAAGAAGUAUUCUAAAAAUAGAAAACAAGUGAGGAGUUUUGAUUAAUAGGUAAGUUUAGAUGAAAUUUCAAUGAAAAACGAAGAAAUCUAAACAAGUACACUAUUUAAUGUCCACACAGAAUCGAUAAAUCAUUCUUUACACAAAUCCUUAUAAUUAACAUCCACUCUCUAAUAAUCUAUACCUUCUUAAGAAGCAGUGCAAACUGAAUAAAUAGAAGUUCCUGAGAAUAAAGUUAUUUAACUAAAAGAAUGCUCUGAUAGCUCAAUAAUUCCUUUUGAUGAUAGAAAAAUAGAUAAUCUUACUGAUUAUAUAGUUUAAAACAUCAUUUCCGAAUUUGCUGAAGAGAUGAAUGAUUUCCCAUUAUAAUCUCUUGGCAUUUUGAUGGAAUGGGAUGAAGAAUCUCAAUUAGACUAACAGUUUCCUCCAGGAUUUCCAACAACACUUAAUUUCAUUAAGGAUUAUCUUGUUUCAUUUAGUGAAUUUAUUCAAAAGCAUUAUCUUGCAAUUUUUUUAGAGUAGAUUAAUACUCCUUUGGGUAUUACACCUUCAGAUUUAUUAAAGACAAUUUCCCUUACUGGAAUGUCAUCAAAUGUUCUUGAUGACUCUACAUCUGGACCUUUGUAUCCAUUAAUAAAACACAUCCAUCAAAUGGAACCUUUAAUUGAAGAAGAAAUUUGGUCAAAAUUUAAUUAGUCUUAUGCUCUCAAGUUAAAAUACUUUAACGAUAUUAACAUAAGUGAAGAAUUUAAGGAACUAGAAAUAUAUCAUUUAAGGAUGAUUUAUGAAGCUUUUAAUGAAUCUAUAAAUUAUAUAAGGCCAUACGGGAUUAGAGGAUAACCAUAUCCAUGGAAGUCAAAUCCUUUGAAGGUUUACUAAAAUUAAACAACAAAAGAGUCUAUUGAUCGAUCUAUGGGAUUUGCAAUUUCUAAAAUGCUAAAAUGGGGUUCUUUUUUGUGUGGGUUUAUUCCUGAAAAAAUAGAAACUCCUCAAGGAGAAAUCAUUGUAAUAGAGGAUGACUACUUGAAUUCAAUUAAAGAAGACAGAUUAUAGUAAAUGUUAGAAUAUGAAAUACAAGAAUCAGAGGAAAAAUGGUUAAAUUAUGAGGAAGAAUAAGCUGAAGUGGCCGUGGAAAUAUCAGAUGUUGUUUUUGAAACUAUGCUGGAUGAAGCAGCAGAGGAGAUCUUCAAAAUUUCAUAAGCUUAUAAGUUCUAAACAUGA